AAUUUUAAAAAUAGUUUACAGGUAGGCAUUCUGGCAUCUUCCGUUACAAAUUUCACGUAGUCAUUAAAAUAACGCUAGGAGUCUUUUAUUUCUCUUCGGGCCGACUGAAGUUGGGAUUAAUUUUAUGGAAUUUGCAAUACUGAUUAAUUAUCUGCAGACAUAAUUGUACUUAAUAGGAUUUAUAAAAUGACAUGAAGCACAAAUUACCCAUAGACUUGACUGACGCAGUAAGAUGCGAGUCAAACGAAGAUUGCCCGAAGGGCAGCAACUGCCCUCUUCAAGAUAUAGAGAUGAAAAAUAUAUGUUUUUGUGUACACACACUGAAGCCUGUGAAAAAUGGCACGGACUGCAAUGAAUAUACAGCAGACCAACAGGAUGGGAAAAGUGGCGUAAUUCCUAUAUCAGACACACAUCAUCUCAAAUCACCAAACCAAGCCAAACAUCCCCCAGACUAUAGAACAUCCGUCGACAAUUCAUCAAUGCAAACAACAUCAAAUGUGCUGAUGAGCCAUUCAGGCUUGGACACGUUCUCAGAUAUAGCUCUCAAAGUUUUACUACCGGUGGGGUCGGUAUUGAUAAUCAGUUUUGUCAUGCUCUUCAUCAUAUUGUCAUAUCGAUACUUCCGUGGUUGCCACUUCCGGUUAGGCCGGAAGAAUAAGCGCGGGAAAAAUAGUGCCAUUGUCAAGGCAAGUGAGGAUAUUCAACUCUUGGACAAAUUGAAUGUUGUAAAUAGAAAUCCGUCUUAUUUUGGAACUAAUGCAGAAGGAUAUGGCAAAAGGUGGAUCAUAAAUGACAUUCCAGUUGAUAAUGUAAGAUUACAAGAAGUGGUUGGAGAAGGAGCAUUUGGUCAAGUUUAUAAAGGCGAGCUUGUGCAGCCAGAUUCAAACGAAACUACAUUAGUAGCCGUAAAAGUGUUAAAAGAGGGCGUGUCUAACGAAGCACGUGAUGACUUUGAACGCGAGGUAGAAAUCAUGAGUGCCUUUGAUCAUGAUAAUAUUCUGAAACUUAUAGGGACUGUAUCUACAGGGAACAACGACACCCCGUAUAUGGUGUUUGAGUAUAUGAUGCACGGCGACCUGGCAGAGUUGCUAAGAAAGAAUGAGCCAACUAUAAAAAUGGCUGACACGUCCUUAAUUCUACAAAAGACUGAUCUUGUUGACAUAACGAUACAGAUUGCCAAUGGUAUGAGAUAUCUGACGUCACAGCAUUUUGUCCAUCGUGAUCUGGCAACGCGAAACUGCCUCGUAGGUGAUGGAUUGAUUGUAAAGAUAAGCGACUUCGGGAUGUCACGUGAUAUUUACACUUGUGAUUAUUAUAAGAUUGGGGGAUCAAGAAUGUUGCCGGUACGAUGGAUGUCACCAGAAGCUGUGAAAUGGGGACGAUUUACUACAGACUCUGAUAUAUGGGCAUUUGGUGUUGUUCUGUGGGAAAUCUUCAGCUACGGGCGACAACCCUACUAUGGACAUACUAACGAAGAGGUUAUUAAAUUUCUGGACGAGGGAAUUCUACUGCAAAGGCCCGAGGAAUGCCCAUCUAUAGUUUACCACGUUAUGUUACAAUGUUGGAAAUUAGAUCCUAAAGAACGAUUGGCAUUUGACAGGAUCCACAAGUAUUUGACUGAAUACAGUAAACAACUUCAUAAAUCAUCAAAACCAGCGUCAUUCGAUGUGGUCAAUGAAUAUGAAAUUCCUCUGUGAAUGCAUAAAAAAGCAUUACAAAAAAGGCUGUGUUAAUUUUUCUAUUUUCAUUUCUUGUUCUUAAAAACAAAACUGUCAAAACAAAUAUUUUACUGACCUUAAUUAAAUGGCAGACUUACUGGAGUUUAUGCAAUCAUGAUACAGUAACUCAACCGAAUUCAUCCAAUAUCCAAGAAAUAUUUGACAAGGUGAACAGUAAUGGAUUCUAGAUCUUAUUCUUUUUCCUUUUUGUUGAGAACAGACAUUUUCACACUCUCUUAGAUGGACUUCAUCAGAUGUUAGCACAGUUUUAUUUCUUAUAUUUAAAGAGAUUAAUGCCAAAAUUUGCUAAUUGACAAACUCGUAUUCACUCAGUCAUGACUGACGGUUUCACGCUUUCUAGUGUGGUACAAUUUCUGUUUCAAAAACGUAUAUACAAAGUUGCCUUUAAAAUGUCUACGUCAUAUUGUGCUAAGGAGACAACAGACAAUAACUGUUUGUAUAAUUGUGUUUAGAAAUAUGUCUUUUAUUGUAACAUUGAAAGUGAAAAAUAUUUCUGUUAUUGUAACAUUGAAAGUGAAAAAUAUAUCUGUUAUUGUUACAUUGAAAGUGAGAAAUAUGUCUGUUAUUGUAACAUUGAAAGUGAUAAUUUGUUUACAUUACAGUACAAUUUAUCAAAUAUGUAUUAAUAAAAUGUGAUUUGUUACCAAAUAAAUCUUUUAAAUAAUGUUAUUGUUUACGCAUGCCAGUGCUGGACGCUGUUUUAAGAGAAGAAAACUAUUUUUAGUCUUUAUUUAUAUAGAUAUUUACAUUGUUUUAUAACAAAACUGUUAUGGCAAAUCUAAUUUUGAAAUUUCGAGGGAGGAAAGGUACGCUUUCAAUUGUUUUGAAAGUCGAUUUCAGUUUGCUGUAUUCUUCCGCUUUUGGAGAGAAAUUAUAUCUCAAGAAAUUAACUUAAAAUAUUAAAAGCUGCAUUUGUUUACCUUUCGUUAAAAGCGAAUUUCAGGUUACAUUUGCUCGCCUCUUGUUUGGCAUAUUUUUUUUGGACAAAAUGGCCCACGAUUUUUUUAUUGUUGCAAUUUUGCAUAUCCAUAUUCAUAUCCGAAAGACUAGCACACUUUUUACAGUGUUAAAUACGACUUUUAGGGAUCAAUUUAUUGUAUAAUUGUAAUUUUCAAUUAUUUUAAGUUUAGUCUAAAUUUUAAGUGGCUUUCUACUUAGUUCAGUUUAGUGUUAAGUCUGCCGCUUGUCUGACUUAAAAUAUAAAAACACGAGAGUUAUUUCUAAAUUCAAAUAUCUUACCUUUAUUUUGUUUGAAUGAUAAAUUCUGUCACGUCGGAGCUAAGAGCAAUGGACAGUUGACUUAACUCACCACUACCGUUCAUGAAACUGGCUAAAUUAAACCGAGCUUGCAGCAUUUUUAAUAUAACCGUUUUUAGCGGUUCUGUAUACCAAUUUGAAAUGAUUGUAUGAUACCUGCUUACUUUAUUUCAAAAAAUGUGUCUCUCUUAGUACUAUUUGCGAUUUGUAUCAUCAUAUAUGCCUCGGAUUUACGUAAAAUACGAGAAAAAAGAUCAACAAGGCAAAGGCAACAUUCACAGGACGCGGUUCAAACACGUAAUUUAAUAAUAUCUUAAAACAUUUAUAAUGAUGUUUUGAUAAUCAUAAUAUCAUAAGUAUAUAUCAGUAAAUGUGAUGAAAUGAGUGUUAUAAUGUCUGGUUUUGUUUGUUUACAAUUUUGAUUUUGACUAGACUUAAGAACAUUAUAAGCUUCCAGUAUUGCUCUGUUUAUUUUCUUGCACUAUUUAAGUUCAGUGAUACUUAUGUUUAUACAUUGAUCCACAAAAAGACUUAUCAUAAUAUAAAAACAAUUAACGGGUUUGAAAACUGAAAACAAAAAAAUAUAAUUAGGUGUUUUUGUAAGCUUUUUACAUUAAGUAUACUAUAUAAAUAUAAUUCAGCUACUUUAAUGUGAUUGAAAUGCUUUAAACAGCAAAAUAAUUUGUUCCAUGAAAUACAUUUCUUUCUAUUGUUCUAUUUUUUUAUUUCCCUUAUCGGUUUAACGCAAAUUUGUGUUCCUUUAACUGUUCAAAAAAUCUUUACUUCAUCAUCCUAAUAUACAUGUAGAUGUUUCAAUAUUUGUUCACUUGUUAAUUCACCAGACAAAUCAAAAUACUUGGAAGACCUUCACUCAUUAUAUAUACAGUAUCAUCACUUAUGUUUUGCAUACUAAAAACAUUUGUACAGAUUUGACAUGUUUUAUAUUCAUGGCACACAUAAAGCAUUUCAUGGCACGACUUUAUUAGAAUAUACUGUAAAUAGGAAGAUGUUCUAGAAAAUACUAGACAAUCAACAAUUCAAUAUCGUAUAAUUUUUGAAUAUUGAUUUGAAUUACCUAGUACAACAUACAAAAGUUAUACUUAAUAGUAAUAAUAAGUGAAUAUUAAAGUGUAAAAACAAUAUCUCUGCAGGCAAUCUUUUUCGCUUGAAUUUUUAAAACGAAUAUGUAAUUUCAAUAUGUCUGUUUAAAAGAAUUAUGUUAAAAUAGCUUUAUAAUUCUGUUUAUGUACCAUAUUCAUAAGUGGUAAAUAACAGAGACAUUUGAUAUUAUAACUCUUUCGAGGACCAACCAUUAAAUUAUGGAAACAUCAUGUUUUUACCUUUAUUAAAUUGUAUAAGAAAAUAUUUCACUAGAUACAAUUUUAACACUUAAAGAGAACAAAUAUUAUCCGGAACUCAGCAAAUGUGGCUUUUCUCAUUUUAUCCUGGCGUAUAACCUUUAUAGUUUGACGAGACACUUAAGAUAGCACAAAUAUUGAUUUUCGAUUUAAUUUUGAGAAUAUAAAUUCCAUUAUAACUUUGAAUGGUUUCCGUUUAAAGUGCACGAAUUGAUCGAGGUAAAAGAUUAAAUUAUUACCUUUUUUAGUUUCUUCGGUGGAAUUACUUUAAAAUAUUUCUAUUCAAAUUCAAUUUAAAUAAAAACUUCAUUAUCUGAGUCUCAGUUUAUAUUAUGUAAAUACAUGUGAACAUAUACAAUCGUCAAAUCAGAAGCAGUAGUAGACAUAACAAACAAUAUAAUCCUGUCAAAAUACAUUUUACAAAAUAACUUAUCUACAUAUGUCGGGAUGUGAUUGAACUUUACACACCUCCUCUAUUGUUUGUGACAGGUCUAUUUUUUCGGAUAGACCUGUUUAAACAAAAGAAAGUCCGUAAUGAGCUCUAUCUUUUGCACGUGCACAGGUCUUUCUAGUCAGACAGACCCGGUCAUGAAAUACACGUGAAAAAAUAGUCCUGCCUAUGCGUAACCAAAGAAAACCUGAAAUGCAAUCAAAAAUUAAAACCCUUUUAACUAAGCCAUUAUUCCAGCAUCCCUAUAUUAAAUCUGCCCGCCUCCAGAUGAGCCAAAAUAUUUUAAGAAAAUCAAUACAAUGUAUUGAGAAAAAAAUGUACCAAAACUUAAAAAAAAGUAAAUACAUUCAAGAUCCAAGGUAUAUUUUUCAUGUUAUGUGCUACGCCCUCUCGGUGUCACAUGAAAUUCAUGACCAGGUCUUUCCUAAACAGAAAGACCUCGUACUCGGUCGAUAUCCUAUACGUACAUGUUUAAAGUAUUUGGAAUGUUAUAAUCCCGAAGAUCAAGUUUUAUAUGUAUUAUAUUUUGACUGUCUAAAAUUAUUUUAAAGACAAAUGUUAUCUGAAAACGUUAAAUAUUGAUCAUUAGUCGUUUUGAAAUAGUAAUUUACUUAAGGAUCAUGUGUUUUAAAGCAAUGAGAUAUUUAUUAUUAAUAUGUACAUUACUUGUUAUUGUAUAAACUUUAUUUGUUGUCAUACUUAUUGUUAAAUAUUGCAAAUAUAAAGAGUAUUUGUGUUUGAAAAUAAAACCAAUAAAUCUAUG